AUGAUCCUUGCAGCUAAGCAACUAUGGUCGGGGCACAGGUCCGGCUCCGGAAGAAUUCUGGCCGAGACGAUAGCAGAACAUUUGCACCAAAUCGUGAAACUCCCCGAGCACAUCGUAGUCGCGGGCCAAAUUCUUUCGGCAAGGAACUCGAACCCUCCCCUCCCAAAAGGCCCUGUACUGGCCAGACACACAGCUGCACGUCGAGCGGAGGCGCUAGUUCCCUAA